AUGUCUCCCUUCAUUGAAGAACCCCAAUUCCAGGCAGACGCUCCACCGUAUCACCUUCAAAGUAAAAUGGUGGAACAUGCAGUCGUUGAUGUGGGUGGGUCAGAGAUCUCUCCCGGUCUAUCCUGCUUGCCAAAUGGAGACUCUGAAAACCCUGUUUUGUCGGUCGAUCCAAAUGAAGGUCCUCAUCAGGAUCAAGAGAUUCGCUCAGCUGGCUCAGCAGAGACUUCUGGAAGAAGCGAGAGUGAGCCAGGAGAAAAUGAGCAGACAGACGCUGCCGAGGAACUCAGACGUUUGGAUAGACUCUCCAGGAGAUUGGCCCGCAGGGAGAGAAGUCCCGAUGAAGACAGAAUCAAGGACUUGCGAACGUACCAAGAGUUCUCCAAGCAGUGCUCACGAGCUGAUGGCAUCGUUUAUGUACCCAGCAACGUCUGGGAGCGAUUUUACCCGUACAGCCACGACUGCCAUUGUUAUGUCGGGACUUCGACGCCCCUGACUCCGCCUCUUCAUGGCGAUGGGCAAGCGGAUGAAGCCAUCCACGUGGGCCCCGAGCUGAAAGCCCCGACCACCAGCAUCGAAAAGCCACUGCCCGAUAGGGUGGGCAUCGUCAAUGAGCUUCUGAUGAGCGCAAUGAGGAGUGUGCUGGGUACCACGUACACGCAACAUGAUCAUGUGCCCCCCUUUCGCGCCCUUGUUCCCUACGAACAGCAAUUUCGGGCCAUGUUGCAAGAAAAGGAAGCGCAAUUGGCCGAGCAAGCCGCUCAAAAUCCUCAGCAUCCUGCUGUGACGCGCACCAGACCUUGGCUUCCUAAGCAAUAUUCCUAUUUGAAGUCAAUCGGGACUAAUCGCGACGGAGCAAUCCUCUGGGAUGAAGAGGCCGAGGACCUUACAAUUGACCUAUUGGACGAGACAAGGAUCCUGGUCGACGGCCUCCGGACGCUUGUCCAUUUCUUGGACCAUGACCUUAGCAGUCUGGUACAGACCUAUCGUCAAGCCCAGGCAGGGUCCCUGGACAGAAUCUCUUUCUCCCAUCUCUUUUACCUGUUCUGGCCGGGCCAGGAGAUUGUGACGAAGCAACCCAACUACCAGAUUUAUCGGGUGGUCCAGGUUUCCAGGGGUCGCAAGUCCCUGGCUCCGCGCAAGGACAAAUACUCCUUCCGAAACACCGUGUCCCCACUGGCGAUCGAUUGCUUCUCCCUCGAUUACGAUGGACAUCAUGUGCGGCCUGUAGCCACGACCCUCUUCAUUCGACCCUAUGAUGGCAUAGUCGCGAUCACUUCCUUGAAAGCAUAUCCGCUGCAGUACGAUGACGCGCAUCAGCGCGAUGCAAUUAUAACUCGGGGACGCAAAUUCGUCGAGCUGGUGCAGGUCACCCACCGGCGCUACCAUGGACUUAAUUUGACCGAGGGCACAUUCGAUAGCAAUGUAGAGAUUGACAGUGACGUGAUCAUUGACUUCGAACUUGCGAUCCGAAACAGGGAAGUUACGCCUCCGCAAUACAAUGGAGGUGUCAUUGUUUCUCCAACCGAGGAAGACGAAGAAGAGACCCAUUCGUCGAAUUGGAAUUUUGACUACCCAGAGCUCCAAACCAGGCGCUGGUCCCAGUUUGUGAAAACCACUCCUCUACUCGAAGACCGAUCGCUGGACCAGCUAGGCCCAGAUCACCUCGUUCUCCUUCCGUAUCGGGUUUAUGGAUAUGUGUUACUGAGUAGGAAGUGGUAUCCGCUGGAUAUUGAUAAAAUCACCGAGCUAAGGCGUCCGAACUCCGGCGAGAGAGAUGCCUUCGAUGACCUUGUUCUGCCUCUACGACACCGGAAGAUUGUCCGUGCUCUGGUCAAGACGCAUGCCUGGAAAACGCCCGAGACCAACAGCAGCAGCAGCAGCAGCAGCUCCCGGCUCCCAGAAAUGCCGGUCCAGCGAGAGUUCGACGUCGUCAAGGGGAAAGGCAAGGGUCUGGUUAUCCUGCUGCACGGGGCACCGGGGGUGGGAAAGACGUCCACGGCGGAAUGUGUGGCCGCUCACACGGGUCGGCCCUUAUUCCCCAUCACCUGUGGAGACCUGGGGGGUAAUAAUGCCCAGGAGGUGGAAACGAAUCUUGAGCGAUUCUUCGAUCUCGCCCGCAAAUGGGGAUGCGUGCUGUUACUGGAUGAGGCGGACGUUUUCCUUGGAGAACGGGUUGCUGGGAAUCUCCAGCAGAACAGUUUGGUGUCUGUCUUCCUUCGCGUCCUCGAAUACUACUCGGGUAUUCUCAUCCUCACCACCAAUCGGGUGGGCCAGUUCGACGAGGCGGCCAUUUCGCGCAUCGACUGCGCCCUGUACUACGAGAACUUCGACAAGAAACGAACGCUAGAGGUGUGGAAGAAAAACAUCGACCGACUCGAGCGGCAGAACAAUAACAACAACCUAAAUUCACCCCUCCUCCAAGACGGGACUUCUCAAAAAGCUCCUGGUGUGAGUGUCGAUUUCAACCGCGACAAGAUUCUCCGAUUCGCCAAGCGCCAGUGGAAUCAGGGCAUCCGCUGGAACGGGCGCCAGAUUAAGAAUGCUUUCAAGACCGCGCAUUUCGAAGAGGUCACCAAGGCCAGCGUCCAUUUCGAGUCGUAUCUGACCGCGACUCGGGAGUCUGAUGGCGAACGCGCCAAGGCACAGCAGCUGCGCCAAGAUGAUUGGACCCAGAAAAUUCCGCGGGAAUACCGGCCGGGUUGGCAAGGUUCGAGCGUUGGUGCAGGAGCGAGGGAUAAUAAUGGGGAGGAGUUGUGGAGUUCGAGUGAGGAGUCGGAAUGGGACUCUGAGGAUGAUGAUGAGGAGGAAGAGAGGAGCAAUGAGAGCGCGAGUGAGAGUCAGACUGAUGAAAGUGAGUCUGAGGUGGAGACGACAAAGAAGCGAGGGAAUAAGCAGAAGAAGUCGUCCAAAUCUAGUCAAGGGAAAGAGAAAGAGAAGGAGAAGGACAAGAGAAAGGUCAAGGCGAAGAAAAAGGCAAAGGGGAAGCGGGGCAGCAGCACAAAGAAGAGUAAGAAGCAUUUGGUGGAUACUGAGUCCGCGGAGAGUGAGAGCGAGGAAUGA